GUUGACUUCCUGUUGUCAGCUGAGCCAGUGGUGGGGGAAUUGAGGUGGGGGUUGGUGAGAGAGGAAUCAUUCCAGGACCAGGUCGUGCAUGUGGCGCCUUUCGAAUCCGGGACUCGAGGGCUCGAACUCCACACAGCUCUUGGGAAGCCCAUAGCGCAGCCCUGAUCCGCCGCCGCCAUGGCUUCCGGGGGAGAAGGUCUGGACGACAUUUCUCCGGACUGGGCGGGGGCCAGCCUGGUGGACCUGACCUCUCCCGAGCUGGCGAAAUCCAACACCUCCACUCUGGACAGCGGGGAGGAUUUUGAAGUCCUGGAUAACGACGAGGAGGAAGAGGAAGGGCGAGACGAGGACCUGAGCGGCCUCCCUCCGCUGGAGGACGUGCCCAGAAACGACGGCCAAGGGAUGGCCGCCUCGCAGCCCCCAGCUCCAGAAGAUGCGGAGGAGACCCCAGAGUGGGUGGAUGUGUUAGGGAGCGGUUUGCUGAAAAAGAAAGUCAUCGUCGCAGGCCAGGGACCGGAGACGCGGCCGGUUAAGAGCCAGGAUGUCACCGUCCGCCUUAAGACCACGCUGCAGGACGGCACGGUGGUGGAGGAGAGCCCCAGCCUCACCUUCACGCUGGGGGACUUCGAUGUCAUCCAGGCCCUGGACCUCUGCGUACAGCUAAUGGAGAUGGGAGAGAAGGCACUCAUCAUCUCAGACGCAAAGUACUGCUUCGGCCGGCAAGGGAGGAGUCCGGACAUCCCCCCUGACUCAUCCCUGGAACUUGAAGUGGAGCUGCUAGCGGCCCAGGAUGCCCCCGACCUGGAACUCCUAAGUGGGAAGGAGAAGAUCGAGCUGGCAAACCGGAAGAGGGAGCGUGGCAACUUCCACUACCAGCGAGCAGACUACGUCCUGGCUAUCAACUCCUACGACAUUGCACUGAAGAUAAUCGGCUCCAGUUCAAAAGUGGACUUUGCCCAGGAGGAGGAGGAGGCAUUAGUGGACGUCAAGAUGAAGUGCCUGAACAAUUUAGCCGCCUCUCAGCUGAAAUUGGACCACUACGAUGCAGCCCUGCGAUCCUGCAACCAAGUCCUGGAACAGCAGCCGGACAACAUCAAAGCCCUUUUUCGGAAGGGGAAGGUCCUGGCACAACAAGGCGAAUACAGGGAGGCCAUCCCCAUCUUGAAAGCUGCCUUGAAGCUGGAGCCAUCGAAUAAGACCAUCCACACGGAGCUCUCGAAGCUGGCGAAGAAGCACGCCGACCAGAAGUGCGUGGAGUCGGAGAUGUACCGCAAGAUGCUGGGCAACCCCAGCAGCCCCAUCGCCAAGUGCAAAGACAAGUCAUCGCGGUCAAUUCCGUGGAAGUGGCUGUUUGGCGCAACAGCCGUGGCGCUGGGGGGCGUGGCCUUGUCGGUUGUCAUCGCGGCCAGGAACUAGCGCCAUCUGCCGAGAGGGACGGCAAGGAGCCCAAACGG